AUGGCUGCUGAGGCCACAGGCACCUCCUUUCUGGGUUACUCUGCCUGUGGCCCCAUCCCCACCCUCACCCACAUGCUUUUUUUCUCCUCCCUGACCUUGCCUCUGAAGGAUCUGAUCCUUCCUUCAUCUCUCCUGCCUGAUGGUCACUUGCCAGCCCUGACUGGCCCUGGUGGGCUCAGAUCCAAAGGCCACCAGGCUGCAGCUGUGCUGGGUGUGGAGGCUGGUGGCGGGGGAAGGCUCGCCAGUCUGGACGCUGACCCUAGCAAAGCACACUUGGCCGCUCGGCCUGUUUCCUCUACGGCUCACCUAGAAAACCUCCAAAAUGCUACAAUGCAGUCAGGCCUGAUUCUUUUCGAGCUGUCUAUGAGGAAUCUGAGGCCCAAAGCGAUCGCAGUGACGUCGGAGGGCAGAAAGCACGGGUCAGAAAAAGAGACCCGUCCCCGCACCCAGUACCAGCUCCAGGCCAGAGCCCCUCCCCAUUCCCCCCUGCGCUGCGUCUCAGAGUCUGGGAAAAUGUCGAGUCCCGUCAAAUCAACGCCCCUAGACAAGCCUGUAGCCGCUGCCCUCUCGGGGCCAGCGCCUGCCGCCGCGUCCCCAUCUUGUCCUUCCUCCGUAGGCCUUUCCGAGAGGCCAGAGCAGCCCUGGCCGACCCCGGGGCUGGCCGGGGCACUGGCCGCGCUGGGGCUGGAUGGGGAGCGAGAGUAUACGAGAGAUCUCUUCCUCAGAGUCAUGGAGAAACCGAGCCAGGCUGGCCUUCACUUCGUUUCUGCCUUUCUGCGGUUUGCCCAAGUGCUUCGGCCUCGAGGCAAACUCUCCCCACAGCCCCCACCCCAGGCAGGUCAGGAGCUCCCCAAGGUGGACUUGCCUGUGGAGGUGAUUGCGGAGAUGCGUGUCCUCGUGGUGGACUGUCUGGUGCAGGUGCACGCCUGGACUGGGACGAUCUAUCUGGCCCUGCACCUGCUGGACUCAUACUUGCACGUGGCACCCGUGGGGCUGUGCUGCCUGCAGCUGCUAGGGGUCACCUGCCUCUUCAUGGCGUGCAAGGUGGAGGAGAGUAGCUGCCCCCGGGUGGGCGGGGCGCAGACAAGGAUGGCCACCACCCUGCCCCACCACUCCAUCUCUCCAACCCUGGCACAGCCAGCUCUCCUGUGCCUCCUGGGCGCAGGCUACUUCUCACCUGUCGUGUUGCUCUGCGCUGAGAGGCGCCUUCCAAGCCUCCUGAACUUCCAGCUCUACUACCUGGGUCCCCUGCUCUGCCUGGGCCUGCUGGUCGCCUCGACCGGGAGCCAGCCCAGGGUUGCGCUCUUGGCCACCUAUUUCUUGGAGCUCUCUGUCCUGGAGGCUGCGAGCUGGGAGCCGCAUCGGUCUGCCGCAGCCUUAGCCCUGGCCCAGUGUGUGCUGCUGCACGAAGUCAGAGAGACCCGUGCACUGGCCCUUUACAGGUACUGCUCCUUUGCCAUGUUCUUAGAGAUCUUUAGAGAUAUGUUGAGAUGGGAGAGCGCUUGGAGAUCCUUCCUGGGCAGAAGGGGAAAGGGCCAGGACAGGGCGGAGCUGGACCCCAUCAAACUCUGUAUGGCCCUGGCAGCUCUUCGGGGUCCCCCAAGCCGGGCUGCUGUCUUUCUCAAGUAUGCAGGCCCCCAGAGACAGUGUGUCAGCCUUACCGCUGCCCACCUGAUCUCCAGGUCCUGCACCCCGCCUCCCUGAACUGGGGGGAGCCCGGCAAAAAGGAAAGGAGUCUUGUAAAAAAAAAAAGUAUGUCUGUUUUCACUUCUAAUAAAG